AUGUCCACGCUGCAGACAGCCGGCAUGUUUGCGGACGCGCUCAAGGCCUUUUCUGCGUCCCGGGACGCCUUUCGCGUGCUCUCCACGGUGCCGCGUGCGUCCCCGUCGACGUCGCCGCCGCCGCCGCCACGCAGCCUCAUCGUCCUCGACUCGAGCUUCAACCCGCCGACGCGGGCGCACGCGCAGAUGGCCUGCUCAGCUGUGCGGCAGGCCGGCCUAGGCUCCGGCUCCAGCUCCGAUUCUGGCUCUGGCUCUGGCUCUGGCGCGAGACUGGUCCUCCUCUUGGCGGUGACGAAUGCAGACAAGGGCCUCGUCCCGGCCCCGUUGGAGGCGCGGCUUGGCAUGAUGCAGGCGUUUGGCCGGGACCUGCGGCGGUGCGGCUUGGCGGUCCCCAUCGACGUGGCGGUCACGACGAGGCCGUACUUCCGCGACAAGGCGGCGGCGAUUGCGGCGGCGGGGGUCUACGCGGCCGCCGCGGAGCCGGAGCUGGUGUUUCUGUGCGGGUUCGACACCGCGGUGCGCAUAUUCGACCCCAAGUACUACCGUGGUGCUGGCGGCAUGGCGGGCGCCCUGGGGCCCUUCUUCCGGCGGGCGAGGCUGCGCGUGACCAUGAGGCCGGGCGGCGCGUGGGGCGCGGCCGAGGAGCAGGCUGCGUAUGUGAGCGGUCUGGGGGCCCGUCUGGAGGCUGUUGGCGGCGACGCCUCGUGGGUGACGAGGAUCGAGUGGGUGGACGCGGUGGACGGCGCGGACGGCGCGGUCAGCAGUUCGCGGGUGAGGGAGGUGGUGAGGCGGCCUGGUGGUGACGCCGUGAGCCGUCGGCUGGACGGCCUGGUUGGGGACGAGGUUGGGAGGUGGAUUGACGAGAUGGGCUUGUAUAGGGAGCAGGUCGACGGCACCUGUUCGUAA